AUGCUUGAUAGCAUGCUGAAUGUAGGUUUAUCCCAUUCUGUCGACCAUUCGACAUCUCAACAACACAUCAACAACAAUACUGUUCCAAAUCAAGGUUCAGUUAGUUCAUACACUACACAUUCGACUUCUUGCACCAAACAACCACUGUUAUUAUCACAUUGUCUUCCUGUUCCUAGUACUGAUACUGUUAGUACAGAUCAAUCUAGUUCAUCAUAUAUCAAUAAUAACACCACCACUCAUGGUCCAAUGUUCAACCAUCCAUGUUAUACCACCAACUGCCAUCAUCAUGCACCAUCGAAUUUUCACUCAUAUCAUCAAGGUACAGCGACAUCUAUUGAUCCUCACCAUUCGACAAGUAAUAUGAAUCAGUCUCAAGUGAAUCAUCAACAACAUCAAAAUAAUCAAAAUGUUACACCAAUGGAAAGUGAAAAUGAUAAUGGUUUUAUAAUAGUUAAACGGAAUAAGAAAAAGAAAAAAAUUGAUCUUACACAAAACCAACAAUCUUCAUCUUCAUCUUCAUCAUGUUCUACAUCACCAACAAUUUCAACAAAUGGAUCCACUUCUUCAACAAACACCAACAGCAUUAUUAGUUAUGUUCAACCGACAAGUGCUACUGCUGUUCAUUUACAACCAAAUUCACGUGAAGUUAAUGCACCUGUUUCAACUAUUAAUACAGUUAGUAUUGAAAUAUCACAUCAAGCUCGACAGUACGCGGAAACGCGUUACGCCUUUCCGCCAUUCAUCAUCAAAUUCCAACAAGACAUUAAUGAAAAUUCAAUAUUAAAAUAUUUAAUAUCUCAUUAUUCUCACAACUAUAAUUUCAAAUUGAAUUUCGCUGGUCAUCGAUUAAAAUUUAAACGUGAUCUAUUAUUAUUUGUUAAUGAUCGUGAAUCGUUUUCUAUGCUUUAUGAUGUAUCAAAAUGGCCGUUGACUAUCGAUUCACUCAAUUAUGAAAAAGUUUUACCUAGUCAUCUACCACCUCAAUUUUCAUUAGUUCUUAAAAAUGUUCCAUUUGAUACAGAAAUUGAUACAUUAUCAACAAAUAUUAAAUCUAUUUACCCGAAUGUAAUUAAUGCUCAUCGAAUUCUCAAUAAAAAUCAACAACCUACCACAUUAGUUCGACUUGAUAUCAACAAUAUGAACGUUAUAGAUGAAUUAGUUGAACAAGAUUAUCCAUUAUUAAAUAUGAAUUGCAACAACAAGAAUUAUAAGAUGAACAAUGUAUCAAAUAAUCCAAGUAAUCGAAUUGAUGAACUUCACCACAAGUUGAACAAUUUAGAAGUGAAUUUGAAUCGUCUAUUAGAUUUAAAUAACAACUAUGCUGAUCAACUUACUCGUACACAACAAAUAAUUAUGAAUCAUAAUCGUGAUAUACAAUUGCAGCAAAUCGACGGUGUAUUUCAACGUGAUUUUGUAAGUCAAUUUAUCUCUCCAAUUUGUCAAGUAAUGGUGGAAGUGAUCCCGGUUUUAGUCAAACAAAAUGUUUUGAAUGACAAAACCUUACUUUGUCCUUCGUUAUUAGCACUAUGUGCUAAGUUAGCUAAUGAUCUUCCGGUGUGGACAAAUAAAUACUUACAAAACGAAGAUACAAAACUAAAACUCAUCAACGAGUUUAACCCGAACAAUCAACAUCCGUCGGUUGGUUUCACCAACAACAAUUCACAUCGACCACUCUCCAAUCAACAACUCCAACAACAACAAUAA